GGCUCGGGCCGCCAUUUUGACUGAGCAACCAUAGUGACAGGAGCCGAAGCAGCAGGUCAGGUUGUCCCGGUCUUCCCCUCCCCCCUUCCCUCGUCCGGCUGACUUCCCGGGCCCUGCACCGCGCAGCCCCGGCCCUGCCAUGUCUCAGAAACAAGAGGAGGAGAACCCUGCGGAGGAGACGGGCGAGGAGAAGCAGGAUACACAGGAGAAAGAAGGUAUUCUUCCCGAGAGAGCUGAGGAGGCAAAGCUAAAGGCCAAAUACCCAAGCCUAGGACAGAAGCCUGGAGGCUCCGACUUCCUCAUGAAGAGACUCCAGAAAGGGCAAAAGUACUUUGACUCAGGAGACUACAACAUGGCCAAAGCCAAGAUGAAGAACAAGCAGCUGCCGAGCGCAGGACCAGACAAGAACCUAGUGACCGGGGACCACAUCCCUACCCCGCAGGACCUGCCCCAGAGGAAGUCCUCGCUCGUCACCAGCAAGCUUGCGGGUGGCCAAGUGGAGUGAAGCUGCCUGGGGCUCUACCAGAUCGAGAGACGCUGCCCACUUGGGUCCUGUGCUGGCUCCUGCCCCUCCCUGCUUUGCACCAGGGGUCAGGAGGUGGCCGGGGUGCAGGCUAGAGAGGCAGAGAUCCCUGCCCACUGGUGUCCCAGCGCAUGGAGCCCCUUGGGCUGAGCACCAAGACUGUGAACUUUUUGUUU